CAAUCCCCUCUUUAAUGAUAAUUAUGAGGGACAUUGAAAAAUGUGUAACGGUAGACAUUGAAUGCCAUAUUUUCUAUAACGAACCGAGUACUUAAUGCUAAAGAAUAUUUUUCAUUAAACGCUACCAGGUGACAGGCAUUUACUUCGCCUUUAUGAAUAUCAUUCUCUUAGGUAACAAACGAGAUCGUUGCCUUCAGACCCAUUGUCUUCUGUAUUCAGCUCCACGCGUUGCUUUAUCAUGCGAGCAUUUAAUAUGAACAUAUUUUACCCCGUACAGAUAGUCUCUCUGCUUUCAGUGGCAUAAUCUUGUGUCACCGGGAAGUUUUGAAGAUCCCUUUCUUGGCGAAAAAUUCUUUAACUCCAUCUGAAAUGCUUUUGACGGUUGAUUACACGUACAUUUCUCCGUAUUUAAUGCUCCGAACAUAUAUUAUCCCACGAUUUAGCAAUACUUUUGCCGGUUAUCGAGGUAAUUAUGGACACGAUUUUAGCCGUUUAUUCUUUUACUUAUACGUAUCAACCUUUUUCUUUUACACUUCAUAACUUUCCAAACUCUCUCAAACUCUCUUUACUCAACUUAUACUUGUUUUCCACUUCCUCUGGUCUUCUUCUUCUGAGAAAAUACCCUUAUCAUCUUCUAAAAACAAUGGCCUCUUCUUCUAAAAAUUUCAGUUCUUUGAAAAACAAAGAAAGUGCUGAUGAUGCUGCUCCUCCCACGAUGAGCACUAUCAUUCCCAGAAAGAUUAUUACAACUAAGGACUUCAAAGUGAAGUUCCCAUCUGCUAACUCCCACACUUGAGCUAUUGGCGUAUAUCAUUAUUCCACCAGCCCUUCUAGUACUCCUGCUGUGAAGGAAGACUGUGGUUGUGAGGAUUUGAACAUCUUUGUUAUUGACCUAGUAGAGCGGGUAACCUUCUCCAAAAAUAAUUUUAUGUACGUUUACACAUACCCCUUCACUUUGGGUCCGUUUUCAUUGAGCCGAGGGAUUGACUCCGCUAUCUUGGAGUUUUGAUUCCGCUACCAAUGCUGGCACAUGUGAGUCCUUUUGUGUGGCGGGCGGUAGCAUGUCUUCGGCAGCUAUAUAUGCCAGGAGACGGAGGAAGAGAUUUCCUUAGCUUGACUGAUGAACCUUUAUUCCCCCAAGAUUUUUCAUUGGAGAAUGAUAAACUUCAGCAAACAUGGUGAGCAUACUUUACUCACCAGUAUGAAUGAUGAAAAUGAUCGUGGGUGGAUGGAGUGGUUCAUUAUAGUUUCCACCAUGGACAUCAUCCCGGCCACGAUUCCAUCCUUUCCUGAAUGUUAGAAUCGUACAUGUGGACACCUCUAAGGGUUGAAGGUUUAAACCAGUGGGUCUGGAAGAUUCUGGGUAUUACCACGCUCGAGAACCACUGAUGGAAAAAAGGCCAAAAAUCAUGGUCUACCGCAAGGCUCUAUUUUUUUCCCCGAGAAGGAUGUUUUGGUCGAUCCCUCAGACGUGGCGAGUUUGUUGCAGGAGGACUUUGCUCGAAUGGGUAUUGUCGGACCAGUUUUCGGUGCAUGUGCUUCCUCUCCGAGUCCCCGGCCAGAGAAUAAGCAAUCAAAAAGGCAACACUCCACUUCAGCCGAGGGAAAAAAUAAGAAGGCGAAGAGUGUCUCAACCAAGACAGCCGCAAAUACUAUGGUGAUCGAUGAUGAUGGAAAAGCUAGUGAUGAUUGGGAUUCUCUACAUAGAAGACGACGACCUUCAUCAGCUCAACAGAAUGCUCAAUCUAUUGAGUUAAUUUUGCCAACCGAAGAUGAUGCCCCGGCACUCUGGAGGGAAUAUGAAAUGGUGAAAGAUGUUAACUCUCGCUUUCGAGUCCUAGUCUCCGCGUUCGAUACCGUGAGGCUGGGUAACAUGUCUCUUCCAUCUUCAGUUGAUGAGCAACCAUCAACUAGCACUGCAUUUUCGGCAGCUGCUUGUCAACUUACAAUGCCAUUAACUUCAUCUCUUUCUUCUCCAACCUUAUCUUCGCCACCAGCAACUACUUCAUCGGUCACAGCUGUCCGAGAGAAGGAUGUCCUUCUUCCCGAGUCCCCAGUUCAUGGGAAUUUGGGGCAUAAUUAUUUUGUCCCCUUCGAAGAUCCACAGAGGAGGAGGAGUGUCAACCUCUGGGUUUCUAUUGGAUGCCAUUUGUUGUCCCGGCUAGUGUAACUUGAUAAUUAUCUGAAGCCAGUCCUAGCUUCAGAAAAGUAUAGGAAUAAGAUACAAACUCUCUCGGGAGAGUGUUUGUUGAACAAUACUAUGCACAACACAGCGGCGGUAUAAUCUUUGUUUUCUUUGUUAUUUCUUCUCUCUUAUGGCAGGGUCUUUAGUUUGUAUUUUUGUUUUCCAAGCUAAAUUUCUUGGUUCUGAGAGCCUUCAAAGGUUAAUUCUUGAAAAGGAGGAACUCACCUACGAGCGGGAUCAACUGUUGGCCAGGAGAAAUCAAAUUGCUGCCCCUCUCCUGGAAUUGGAAGCAAGAGCUGCUGAGGCUGUUGAGUUGGAGGCUUAGUUGCAGCAAAGCGAGCAAGAGGUAGUGGCCCUUGACUAAGAGGUUGCCCUACUAAGGUUACAAUUUCAAGAAACUAGGGCAAAGUGGGUUGAGGUCCACAAUGCCAUUCUUACUGCAUCCGAUCGCACGAUUACCUUUACUGAAAGAUGGAAUAACUUAGAGACAGCCUUGAACUUUAAAAUAGAAGAAGUUGAUGUUACUGAGGAGACGUAUGUUCGGCUGGAAGAGAGGCAUAAAAGAUUCAUGGAGAAGUAAUUUUGGUUGGGAGGGGUCUCCCGGUCCAGCCUGAUGCUACCAAGUCUUUUGGUUCCGAUUUCGAGUUCUCGGAAACUGAAGAAGAACCGGAAGGUAAUGAUGCUGAAGGCCAAUAUGGCGAAGGCCAAGAUGGUGAAGGCCAAUAUAUUGAGCUGACGGUGGAUCCACCUACUUCUCCUAGGGGCGCAAAUGUUUCUCUUUCUCCGUAUUUUGGGGGUGCAGUAGUUUAGACUUUUGAUUUCUUUUCUGUACUUUUAUACUCGUGCUUCUUGGCACAUUU